AUAUGUUUUUUGUUUCCUUUAAAAACUAGUGCAUCGGGUAGAAACCCAAUGCGGAUAUAUUCACACCGUACCAUCAAAAGUCUUAUGGAUAGACCAAGAUUUGCUCAGCAUAAGUUUGAAGGUGGGCAUGAAAUUUCGAUUUUUUUAAGCUAUGCAUUACAAAAAGUAAUAUUGGUAUGUGAUUUAUGUCAGAAUUAUGUCAAUUCAUAUAAAACAUCUUAAAAUUUUUUUGA